AUGUUUCCAGGAAUGUUCAUGCGUAAACCUGACAAGGCUGCUGCUUUGAAGCAGUUGAAGACCCACGUCGCCUUGUUCGGUGCUUGGGUCGUCGCUAUUCGGGUCACCCCAUACAUCCUCCACUAUUUUUCCGACCACAACGAGGAACUCAAGCUAGAUUUCUAAUUACCUGUUCUCUCGAGGAAUAAAUGUUCAGAACUAUGCGCCGGUCAACAUCUCCUUCCAUAGUUAGCCUAUUUAUUUCUUGUCCUUUCAUUACAUACAUCCCUAUUCUGAAAUUUGUUGACAUGUAAUUGGGAAAUUAUAAACUAGUUGUUUGAAAUGAAACCUUGUUGGGAACCGUUUUGCCCUCGGCAA